AGCUUUUAGAAGAAAUAAUUUUGAUCUUUUUAGAUACGAUUAUGGUGAUGAAAUUAAGAAAAUGUUCUGGCAGACCAUGAAAUUAGGUGUUUUGAAAGUUUCAUUGGAAAAUCCAUUGUUUGAUGAUUCUGACUCAGAAAUUGAAUAUCAAUAUCAUUCCACUAUUGAUAAUAUUACUGAAACAAGUUUUACAAAAUGUGAUCUUAUUUUUAAAAAAGAAAAUGAGUUAGUGUGUUUAUCACCAAACAAAGAAACAGAGUUUAUUGCUGUACUUCCUAGUUUAAUUACAACUCCUAUAAUUGAAAGAUGUGCUUCUUGGGAAGAACUAAAAACUUUUUCAGAAGCUUCCAAUAGCGAUGUUCCUAAUAAAGACCUAAGACCUAGAAGAUCAAAUGAUUUUGUCAACCUUCUAAACACAUUGCAACUGGAUGAUAUUGGAAAUUAUAUUAAAACUGACAAAAUCAUUUUAAUGAUUGGUUCUAGAUCUUAUAGCGCUCUUAAAAGAAAGAAAGAUAAAGUUUCAGAGACUAAAAAAUUGGUUCGUUCACGAAUGCGGUUAACUGCAAGAUUAUACUUAUCUUUUAAAAGUAUCUAUAACAAUCAGAAAGCUGUUAAACUAGAUAAUAUCUUAAAUAAUGCAGCUGACAAGUACUGUUGAGAAGUAAUCACCAUAGUUGGAGAAGCUAUUAAUUCUUUAUCAGAAAAAUCAAAUGAAGAUUCGGACCAU